UAAUCUUCUGUUUACGGCAAUUAAAGUUCUGCAGUUGUUUACACUUUACACAGGAACAGGGAGAAGCAGGAGAGAGAAAGUUGGGAGUUUGUGUGCGCCUGUGGAAAAUGGUCAGAACGCAGAGAAUAAGACAUGGCUGUGAGUCUUGGUUUUUUCUACGAUUUCUACUCCUAACCCUAAAUCGCCCAAGCUCUGCGUUGCAAGGAAUUUUUCUUGGCAGCUGAAACAUUAAUUUUCAUUUCCCAUUAUUUCGCAUGAUUAUUUCCUUUUUCUCGGGGGGCCCCUUGUGCCAUGGGCGUCGUUAAGAUUAGGCGCCAGGGGCCUAGGAAAGAUGAUCAUGUAAAAAGUUAUGAGCUUGUUCGAGAUGAUAGAUUACUAUCUGAGAAAGAUCAUAGUGACGAUCCUGAUGAUUCUGAGACAUCAGAUGCUGGCUGUGAGCAUGCCUUGGUGAAUGAUCAGACCUCCAAUAUUCCUUAUGAGCUUUAUGAACUCCCAAAUUUGAAGGAGAUUCUCUCUCUAGAAACUUGGAAUCUGUACUUAACUGAAGAAGAAAGGUUCCAUCUUGCUGCUUAUCUUCCAGAUAUGGAUCAGGAAACAUUUGAGGUUACAUUGAUAGAAUUGCUUGGUGGUGGCAAUCUUUUUUUUGGAAGCCCCUUGGAAAUACUAUUUUGUAGACUUAAAGGCGGAUUUUAUUCGCUGCAAGUGACUUUCUUUAGAGAACGAUUGAGAUUCUUACAGGAAAGAGGAUAUCACCAUUCCUUGAGAUCCUAUCAUGACAGUUUAUCUCAGAAGUUUGUGGAGAUGAAAAAGGCCUGGAGCAAUUGCGAACCUAGCACUAGUGUUGAGGAACGUGUUCAAAUAUUGAAAAAUAAGAAAAAACAAAAGCCGGUUCUUUUGGUUGACCUCAAUGUGUUUCCCCAUGAUGAGGAGCUUUCAUCCAGGGGUGUUAAAAAGGUUAUGGGACUUCCAGCACUGACGAAGCCAACAUUUAUGAAGGAAGAGGCGAUCACUCAUAUUCCUGCAAUGGAUUUGAACAAAUUGGCAUUGAGCAACAGAACAAAGGCUAAAGGUGUUUUGAAAAUAAAGCCUCCUGAGAUGAACUCGUUGCCAAAGCGAGUUGUUCAAUCUUUGCCUACAGAGUCUUCAGAACCGUUUAGGCGGCCGCCAAAAGGUGUACUUAGGAUAAAACCUAAAGUCUAUCACACUAGUCUAGUAGAAAGACCAAGGACUGCCAUGGGUCCUCCUGAGCAGGGAUCACCUAGUGUAUUUGGUGUUCAAGCUUCUAAACCCUCCACUUCACGUUCUACAUCCAAAUGGCAAGAUGAAAAUAUUUCUAAGAAGUUAAAUUACGUGCAUAAGUUUGUCAGAGCUGGAAGUGUUUAUAAGGGAUCUCCAACAUGUGAACUUACUAAUGAUCGACAGAGUGAGGAUACUCUAAAUAUUGGUUCUAGACAAUUUGACAGUGCACAGAGCUCUUUGAGAAAGAUGACAAUAGUAAGAGGCAUGAAAAUGCCCUCUGAUGACUCGAGUGAUUUUAGAGAGUGCUUUAAUGGCCAUCAAAAGGGAGAUCUCUGGCCACCUGCUACCGGCUUACACCAACCAGCUCAUGAUAAUGACAGAAGGAAGCUAACGCCAUUUCAUACCAAUGUGUCUGAAGCAGUAUCAAGAAGCAUGAUUACUGCAGAUGGUUAUCAGGUUUUCCCAGCAUAUCCUGACCAUUCGGAGCAUCCAUAUAGGGAUAAAAAGGAUGGUGAAGGCGUUGAAAAAAGUCACAUGUUUCCUAUAACAUAUAAGAGGAAAAAACCACAUACAAAGCUCAGUGCCUCUCAGAGUCAAAAAAAGAUAUCCACAGUUGCUAGCAUGGCUAUUCCUGCCGGAGCCAAUUUUAACCAAGUGGAGAAAACUAAGGCUAUAAAAAUAAGAGUGAAGGGCUUGAAUGAGUUCAACUCAAAGUACAAACAAGGGAGGCUGGAUGGUCAACAUCAUGGUUGUCCUUCCACCUAGACGGCACUCAUGUGUUGAUAAUGAUGCACUUUUGAUGGUUCAUGUGUAUUUCCGUGCUUCCGGUGGAUUAUCAAAAUGGUCACAAGGGAUGCUUGAUCAGUUACGCCAUGAAAAGUUUUCAGACACUGCUUUAAUGACUUUCAUGUCUAUUAAUGUGGUCUCUGAAUUUCAAAUUCUGUCGUUGCGUUUCCUCUGUUUGAGCUCUUUGCGGCUAAGUUACAUGAGUGGAAUUGAACUUCGUCAGAAGUCAGGCGCAAAAUUAAUGCAAAUUUUGUGUUAGGUGUGGUGGAUUUGUAUAGGACCAGCCAGUUUCCAAGCUUUUUCCAAAUCACCUAAUGCUUCGUGUUGAUUUCAAAAGGUAUUUGGUGUGGAAAUCUAAAAUGUAAGGAAGUUGUCAUUUUUAUUUAACAUUCUUUACGGUUCCUAUAGCAUUCGUCCGCUAUACUUUUCAUUUUUAUUUAACAUUCUUGCUAUCCUGCUCCCAGAAAAAUAAAUGUAGAAAUUCAUACGAAAAGAAACUGCUGCAGCAUGCAGGUAUUUUACUAUUUAUCACCACCUUUUUUUUUAUCAUUGUUUAGAUUCUGUGGCAUAUUUACAAAUUGAUGACCCUAGAUCCAAUUUUCGUAUCUGAAAGUAUAGUAAACAAACUUGGAAUUUGUUUUUUCUAAAUGUGGUUCAUCCUUAACUUACAAAAGCCUUCUUUCUUUUCAUAGUCCAGGUCUUCUUUUGUAGUACAUCCAAACUAAUG